AAGGAAUUGUCCUUCCUUAACAGUCAUCAGCUAAUAGGCUUCCAUUUUACUGUGGUCAGUGGCACUGAAUCGGAGGAUAGCGAAGAGAUAUUCAGUAAUACAUUCCUGGACAUUCCGCUGAGUACGUUACGUUUACUUGAUGAAUCAUCAGUAAUUGGAGUUCGCCAUCAGUCUUAUGCCCAUGACGGUCCUGUACAUGCAAUUGUUGGUUUUCGAAAAUUUGGUGGAGAAGUUCUACCCGGGGAAAAUGUUUCAGAGAUAUAA